GCAGAGAUAUUAAGCCUGAUAAUUUGCUUCUAGAUAAAAAUGGUCACAUGAAGCUGUCAGAUUUUGGGCUGUGCAAGCCAAUUGACUGUUCAAAGCUCUCAACGUUGAGUGAAGAUGAACCCAUGGGUGAUGACAACAUGAGGGAAUCAAUGGAUAUUGAUAGUUCUUUGUCCAAUACAGCAAAUGGUAGAAGAUGGAGAAGUCAACACGAACAGCUUCAGCACUGGCAGAUGAACAGAAGAAAACUGGCAUUCUCAACUGUUGGGACACCAGAUUAUAUUGCUCCAGAGGUUCUGCUGAAGAAGGGAUGUGGAAUGGAAUGUGAUUGGUGGUCUCUAGGCGCGAUCAUGUAUGAGAUGCUAGUUGGGUAUCCACCAUUUUAUGCCGAUGAUCCAAUAACUACAUGCCGAAAGGUUUGUUUUUCAUCGGCAUUUAUUUGGCUCAGUUCUAUUGUUUUAUCUUAUUAA